AUAUUUUGAAAUUAGAUUGGCAGCAUGUCCGCAUAUACUAAUGAAAUGGAUGCAAACGAUAUGGUUUCGUGUCCAUACAACAAGGCGCACAAAAUGCUGCGCAAAAAACUGCAACAACAUAUACUGAAAUGUCGCGAGAUUCAUAAAGACGAAGUGGAAUUGCUCGUGUGUCCCUUCAACAAGGCGCAUCUAAUACCCGAAAAAGAUUAUGUCCAACACACAAGAUCUUGCGUAGAUCGCAAGAUCAUCGCCCAUUAUCAGCAAAGUGCGCCCGCCGCGCCCACCGAUGAGACGAAACACGAAAAGAUAGAACCCGACGAGAACUGGGACGACGAAGAUGUGCCCGACUACAAUCCCCAGUUGUACGUGGCCAGUGCGAAUAUUGUGCGAGAACCAAAGGGCAUGUUUCCCUCACAGCGCAAAGCGUUCAUUAAACAGGAGCGCCGGCGUCAAUUGGGGCACGACAGCGAUGAGGAACAGUCGCCCAGACAACAAAGAUUAGCUCCAACAAAGAUCACAUCGUCCUCCACAUCAUCAGCGCAGCGAUCGUCACCAUACAAAUUACCAAAUCGCAAUCGCUAAGCUUAAGACAAAUAUCUUUGUAUAUUUUAAAUAUUGCUUCAAAAUACACGUAAAUAUUUUUGUAAAAGAAAGAAAAAAGAAAAA